CUGCUUUGUUUUUAAGGGGAGUUUGUGUAUUGACUGGUCGUGCGCCACAUGAUACUCUAGGUGCUUGUGUAAAGAACUCUGCACGCAUAAGUGACACCUUCCACUUCAAAGUAACGCUGCCUGCACGAGACUCUGUAUUGCGGCUCACGUUCUGUACAUUGGGUCUGCACAGUGUUCUCAUACUUCACAUACUAAACUGAUCGCUCGUGCACUCCUGAGCUUACACCGACGAGAUGCAUACAGUCAGACUCCACGAACAACCAAUCAGAUUCUACUAUUCUUAAGUGGGCGGAGUAUAUCCAAACGUCGCCCUCGUUGGACACAGACAACAAGGGGUUUUCGUAGUGUUACUUUCGCAUUCAAAAGCGUUAAUAUUGACAAACAGCUGGGGAAGCAGCGGUAUUCGUGAAACCAGCGAAUAGCCGAGGUGCAUUUGUGUUUUCAGAGGAAGAGGCAGCUCUCCGUAUCAUUGAGAAUAUUGCCCCUGUCUGCGACCAGGUUUGACGGAACAAUGCCAGGCAAAGCUGCGGUGACGGUGGCGAUUAAACCCGGUGUUAACACCGUUACGACUCCGCAGAAGUCUUUUCCUUUUGUUUUGAAGAAGAUCAUGGACAUUCCGCCUCCAAACAUACUGGAGGAAGGGGACGAUGAAAUAGAGAAAGAAAAGCUGUGCUCAUCUGAAGAUGCCGAAGGAGGUGGUGAUGGAGUGGCCAGUGCUGGUGGAGGUCCUAGAGGAAGUGGCGGCGGUGGAGGUGUAUCAGCCUCUUUGACUCCAGCUAUCUGGGACAAGACCAUUCCCUAUGACGGGGAGACCUUCCACCUGGAGUACAUGGACUUGGAUGAGUUCCUGCUGGAGAACGGGAUUCCUGUGACCCUGGAGGAGGAGGAGCUGCAGAAGACUCUGAGCUCAGUUGAAGGAAAAGGCAAAUGCAUCCCCAAGGUUAUUGCUACUAUUACUACUGGUGCUGCUGUCUCAGCAUCAGCUUCAGCAUCAGCUGCUUCCCCCUUGGCAUCUACCACCUCCACGGUCAACUCAGAUCCAGAGGAACCAGUGACUGUCACUACUUUACAACCAGCUAAGAUAGAAGAAGAGGAAGAGGAGGAAGAACAAGAAGAGGAAACAGAGGAGGCUGUACAAGAGGUGAAUGUUAAGGAAAAGAAAACAGAUCGUAACACUCCCUCACCCAUCGACCCAGAUGCCAUUGAGGUGGACAUUAACUUCCAGCCGGAUCCCACAGAUCUGGUCCUGUCCAGUGUGCCAGGGGGAGAACUGUUCAACCCACGUAAGCACAAGUUCUCAGAAGAGGAGCUGAAACCACAGCCUAUGAUAAAGAAGGCCAAGAAAGUGUUUGUUCCAGAUGAACAGAAGGAUGACAAAUACUGGUCCAGGAGGAAGAAAAACAACUUGGCUGCUAAGCGUUCUCGUGAUGCCAGAAGGCUGAAGGAGAACCAGAUCACGGUGCGCGCCUCUUUCCUGGAGCGGGAGAAUGCUGCACUCCGGCAGCAAGUGGCUGAGCUACGAAAAGACUGCGGUCGCUGCAAGAACAUCUUGGCCCGAUACGAGGCUAAGUAUGGCCCGCUGUAAAGGACUUAAAGCAAAAAUCUAUGAAGCAUCAAUGAGACAAACGCCGAACACCCUUCCCCGCAGAAUUCAACACAGACACAAACACCAAGGGAAUCUAAAUUUGCACCGUCUUCGCUGACCUCCGGUCACUGCUGUUCCUGACCCGGAGUUUUGGACACACGCUGGUAGGCAGUGAGGCGAUCUGGGAGCGGUGGUCACAGGAAGGCCUGUGGAGAGCGCCUGGCUUCUACACUCAGAGAGGAAAAGGGGACGAAUAUAGACAUUCCCAUGGUCAAACACACGUGGAAAAUAUGGUCUGACUGUUUUCAGAAACUUAUAAAGAGGGCAGGCUCAUACAAAGAAUCACCGGAUUUUAAAAUGACACACAAAUCAGUUUUUAACACUGCACAGAACUUAACGGACCAAAGCACGAGUCCUUUAUAAGUUAUAUAUUUAGAAAGGCACACACUUCCCUGUCCCUCACUUUUUCUAGUGUUGCACUUAAGUUUCUGUGUGUGCUCCUUGUCCAAUACUGGGCAGAGGUUCAGACAAAGGUUGUCGGUUGUUAGGAGGGAGUCACAUGAUUCACACAUAAAGGAGACAAAAGUCACAGAGAUACUCCUGGCCUGAAGGGAGAGAAAACAAAGAGCUCAGGUCAGCAAAGAACAAAAGCAAGAGAGUACGUCAUUGGUGAGAUCCAGUUACAAUUCUUCCUUUGUGUAAUCCACAUGUACACGUCUGUGCACAGAAAAAUAGUCUAAAUACUAUUUGUACAUAGAGUAGUCUUCUUUGUGCACCACAUAACUGUGUGUGUAUCAGUAUGUAAUCCAUUUUUGCACUUUCUCUUACAUGAAACACACAGUGAGUAAAGAUUCUAGUAGUUGCAGGUGACCUUAUUAACCACAACCUGCGUGGAAAAUACACAGUAGCGUAUUAGGAGAGAAAAACAUGCAUGACCUUCAGUUCAAAGCUACAGUGUAUAUGUGUGUUUUUUUUUUAAUACUAACCUCAGAAUAUCUUCCAGAGCCUCAUACAAAAUUUUAUUACAAAGGAGAGAUAUGAUGUUUUCUUAAAAGAUAAUAAUUUUCCAAAUAGAGAAUGACUAGUUUUUACGGUUUAUUGUUAAAGGCAUAUGUUUGAAGAUCUCCAGGGCCCUCACAGGUGGAGGGGUAUGUUAAUGUGUAGGGAUGUUUAUUUUACUGCACACUGCAAGUAGAGGGCGCUACAGCCACUGCCUGCCUCGUCAUGGUGUAGUGAAGGGGGGAAUUUGAUUUUAAAGUUUUUUGGUAGGAGGCCCAAGUUUGACUGCUUCUAAAUCUUGUAAAUAAACGAGUGUCUCUAGAAAGUCUUUAUUUCCUAAGACAGGGAUUCAGACUGUGUCUUUAUUAACCCAAUACUAUUCCUUAUAUUUGCCAAAUAGUCAAUGAGUGCUGUAUUUAUUCUGAUGGUAAUAAUGCAUCUGUUGAUUGUGAUGUACAACAAUAUGUCAGAUUAUUCUAUUUCCUUUGAGGAACAAUACUUCUAUUGAAACCAAUGACAAAGCAGGGACUUCAAUGGGUAAACUGUGCUUUUAGAUGUUUGUUUAAAAAACAGGUUUAUAUAGUUCUAUGUUUUUUUCCCUCUCUCUAUGUAUAUUCACACGAAGGACAGGGCACACUCUUAUUUACCUCAUCCAACACUUCCUAUUCUGAACAGUUCCAAGUUUUGUAGGGCUAUAAAGCAGUGUUGGUUGAAACGGAGAACACAUUAAAUGCAGCUUAGAUCCAUUUGGCAAAGGGGUCAAAUCAGACAUGAUACAUUAAAAUUGUGUUUGCCAAAGUGGCUGAGUCUGUGUGAAAAUUAGUAAAACAAAAAAACACAUUGCAGACUGUUAGGGGAGUAUUCUGUCAAAGUAUCUUUGACCAAUGCAGAUUUAGCAAUCAGUCAAUUUGUGCUCAUAAAUCACCAUAAUCCUGGAAAGAAAAUACAUGUGGCAAUAAUACUUGGCUAUGUAAUGCUCGUUUUAUUUCAGUGAUGAUGUCGUAUGUAAAAUUGUUAUGUCGUACUAAAUAGAAAUGCCCCAAAGUCAUUUGUGCUUCCACUUCCUCUAUAAUCUGGGAUCCUAAUGCAUGAAACCCAGUACUGUUGUCUUUUUUUAUGUUGAAUAUUUGACACCAAGUGUACUUACGUCUGUAAACCAUCACUAAAAACUAGAUACAGUUUUGGAUGGGUAGGUUGAUGGUCUGUUGUACAGUUCUGUCGAAAGAAAAAGCAGAACAUCUGCGCUCUGACGUCCUGUGUUUACGACCUGCAUAAUCGCGCCACCUAUACUCGUGCAGUCUGUGCUUGACCUUUGGGGCGAAAGCGGCAUCUUUUGAUCACUGUGUGGAUUGUUUUCUAAUUAACAUUGAUCUAUAUCUAGAUACACUGGAUCAGCUGGUGCUUUUGCGUUUUCUUGAUAGAUUCUGUGUUUGUUUUGGAUUCCUGAUGGUCUAAUACAACAGGCAACAUUUUUCAUUUUGCAUAGACAUUCAGACUUGACAUAGACUGCAUUGUUCUAGUACAUCAAUGUAGUUGAUAAAUGCAUAGGUAGGGGUUUGUUGUUUUUUUUUAAGUAAAUUAAAUGUGUUCAGGAGAGUAUUUUUGGAGACAAUAGAAUGAGAGGUUUAUUGAACAGCAAACAGUAUGUAGCAAUUUCUUUUUUUUUUUUUUUUUUUUUUCUUUUAUGUGGAACUGGCCUUUAAGUCACAAACUAGCUCAUUCACAUUUAUCUGGCUGCAGGUUCUGCAGUUGUAAACAAACUACAGCAUCAAGAGUAAAGUUUUAGAUCUGUGUAUGUACUGUAGAUCUGCUACAGACAGACUAAUAACUGCUGCACCUUUAAAAGACUUGUGCCUACCUGCAAGUGUCAGGUAGGAUACCAUUUUCUUAAGAGCAGCUAAUGACAGAUAUAUGAGGGAUAUAAACAUAAAGGUGGUUACAGGUUUUGUUAAAAUGGUAAAUGUUUCUGCAGAAAGCUUCUAAAGUAAGCUUAAUUUGCUAUACUUUGCAUGCAUGUGGUGCCUACCUUUAGGUCCGAGGUGUUGUUUUCAGGUUCUGGUCUGAUACGUUGGUUCUAGGUGCUUGGCAUCAAUAAGACUAUGUUUUUGUUUACUAUUCAAAGUAGCUACGAUACUCCUGAAAAAAUAUUUAAAUGUCUUUUAUUUUGUGAUGAUUUGCUUUUUUCCCCCCUUUUUUUUACAUACAAGUAUGUUUCUGUUUGGUGGUUUUAUUGUUUUUUUGUAAUGUCCUAAUCAUGUAUAGGAUAUGUGGAACUGCAGUACCAUGUCCUGACUGUAUCUUGUAUCAUGCAUAUGAAAUAAAUUGGGAUUUAAUGACA